CGUUCCACAGUUGAACGCUGUUCUCGUCGCGUGUUCGUUACCGGGCGACCGGAACACCGCCGACCUUCCUCACGCGCCUUCAGUGUUGUCAUCCGAGUCCUUUGAUGUGGCGGUCAUUUAUCACACAGCAACACUCAAGACUGUCAAUCACUUUUUAAAUAUGUGCAUUUAAUAGCGCGUGCGGAAACAUCCAGGGUCCUACCGGUGGAUCUCAGUGUUGAUCCGACCAGGUGCUGCUCCCGUCGGGGUCCAGCGGUGCGGUUCUCUGGUUCUGCAGUUCUGUGGUUCUCUGGUUCUCGUGUUCCUCGUGCGCCCCUGCAUCUCACGCACUUGUAUUCAGAUCCCGUCUGAGUCGACGGUCGUGAACUAAAUCAGUUUAACCGACACGAGGACGGAUGCGACAAAGAGUGUGAAACGUCGCAGGCAAACGACCUGCUAAGAGGCUACGAGGCUACGAGGCUGGCUGCCAUCAGCUGGAAGAAAGGACUCUCCAACGGCUGCCCUCGUCUUCCUCCACGCUGGAAGAGGCUUCUACCCGACGUUGGCGAAGAGGCGAGAGGUGGAGCAGCCGAACGCCUGCCUCAGAUCUGCUCAGGAGAGACGGUGUGACUGACGGACUGAGGACGUCUGCCACCAGUGGAGCCGAAGCAGGUGGUGGUGGUGCCAUUGGAGCGAACAAACCUACAGGAUUAAUCUGGAUUCAAACGUUUUCAAAGACCUCAACAGCCGUCGUCUUGAAGCAGAGGAACUGCGAUUACAGUCGGUCGACAUAAUGAUGUCUUCUUUGUAGACAGCAACCCCCCCCCCCCCCCCCCCCCCCCCCUUUCUCCUUAACUCUUCACCGAUUGGUCGAACCCUUCACCCAAGUGUCGUCCACCUCCAUCAUAAUGGGAUCCCCCUAUUUCCCCGUCAGCCAAUCACCUCGCCGCCCCGAAGCGGUCUCCAGGGCGAGCUAGCGGUGUCGCUGCUAAUCAGGAUUUUAAUCGGUUGGGCUCUCCAGAGAACCGCCUGAACUCAAGAUGAGACCCUCCAGCGCGGGGUCUCUCCCUGUGGACCGGCUCUCCUCCAGCCCCCCGUCCCUCCACCUCCUCCACCUCCUCCUGCUCCUGCUCCUGGUCCCGCCCUCGCUCAGCAUCCAGACGGAGCGCGCCGAGAGCCACGACGAGUUCAGCUGCGAGCCCAUCGGCCUGCGGAUGUGCCAGGACCUCCCGUACAACACCACCUUCAUGCCCAACCUGCUGAACCACUACGACCAGCAGACCGCCGCCCUCGCCAUGGAGCCCUUCCACCCCAUGGUGAACCUGCAGUGCAGCCCUGACAUGCGUAUGUUCCUGUGCGCGCUGUACGCGCCCGUGUGCACCGAGUACGGCCGCGUGUCGCUGCCGUGCCGCGGCCUGUGCCGCCGCUCCCAGAGCGACUGCCGCGGCCUGAUGGAGAUGUUCGGCCUGGCCUGGCCCGACGAGAUGGACUGCAGCAGGUUCCCGGAGUGCGAGGAGGCCUACCCCCGCCAGGAGGACCUGCUCACCACCUCGGACGACGCGGCAGACCAGGCCUCCAUGACGGUGCAGCGCGACUACGGCUUCUGGUGCCCCCGCGAGCUGAAGGUGGACCCCGAGCUGGGCUACUCGUUCCUGGGCCGGCGGGACUGCUCGGCCCCCUGCCCCUCCAUGUUCUUCAGCCGCCAGGAGCUCAGCGCCGCGCGCUACGCCAUCGGGGGCGUCUCCAUCGUCUGCCUGUCGGCCACGCUGUUCACCUUCCUCACCUUCCUCAUCGACGUCACCAGGUUCCGCUACCCCGAGAGACCGAUCAUCUUCUACGCGGUGUGUUAUGUCAUGGUGUCGCUCGUCUUCUUCCUGGGCUUCCUAUUGGAGGACCGGGUGGCGUGCAACGCCGCCAGCCCCGCCCACUUCCGUGCCGCCACCAUCACGCAGGGAUCCCACAACAAGAUCUGCACGCUGUUCUUCAUGGUGCUCUACUUCUUCACCAUGGCGGGCAACGUGUGGUGGGUCAUCCUGACCGUCACCUGGUUCCUGGCCGCCGUGCCCAAGUGGGGCAGCGAGGCCAUCGAGAAGAAGGCGCUGCUGUUCCACGCCUGCGCCUGGGGCCUCCCGGGGGCGCUCACCGUCACCCUGCUGGCCCUCAACAAGAUCGAGGGCGACGGCGUCAGCGGCGUGUGCUUCGUGGGGCUCUACGACGUGGACGCCCUGCGCUGGUUUGUGCUGGCGCCGCUCUGCCUCAACGUGGCGGUGGGCGUGUCCCUGCUGCUGGUGGGCAUCGUGGCACUGAACCGCGUGCGCAUGGAGAUCCCCCUGGAGAAGGAGAACCAGACCAAGCUGGUGAAGUUCAUGAUCCGCAUCGGGGUGUUCUCGGUGCUGUACCUGGUGCCGCUGCUCACCGUCAUCGGCUGCCACCUGUACGAGCACGCCUACCGCCGCGCCUGGGAGACCACCUGGGUGCGCCGCCGCUGCCGCAGCUACCACAUCCCCUGCCCCUACAAGGUGGAGGACAGCCACGAGCCAGCGCUGGUGCUCUUCCUCAUCAAGUACCUGAUGAUGUUGGUGGUGGGCGUGCCCUCCGUCUUCUGGGUGGGCAGCAAGAAGACCUGCUUCGAGUGGGCCAGCUUCCUGCACGGCAACAAACGCAAAGACAGCGGGGUGAACGAGUCUCGCCAGGUCCUCCAGGAGCAGCCCGAUCUGGCCCAGUCCCUGCUGAGGGACCCCAACACCCCCAUCAUCAGGAAGUCCAGGGGGACCUCCACCCAGGGCACGUCCACCCACGCCUCGUCCACCCAGCUGGCGGUGCUGGACGACCCCGACGAGCCCAUCAGGCCCCACCCCUCGCUGCCCGCCUCCAGCCGCAGCAAGCCCAGCAGCCUCCACAGCAAAGUCAGUUACCACGGCAGCCUCAACCGUUCCCGUGACAACAGGCACGACGCCGUGGCGGGCUACAGCGGCUCCGAGGUGCGCAGUUACCACGGCAGCAUGCCCCGCCUCGACCACCCGCUGUCCACUCACAGCAGCCUCCACCGGCUCGACGGCCAAUCGGCGCGCGGCAGCCAGCGGGACGCGGCCGAGGCCCCGCCCCCGCUCGUCACGCACGGCGCCGCGGCGACCGCCGGCCCGCCGGCCAACGACGACAACGGGACCAGCGCCUGAGGAGGAGACAGGACGUGACGGAGGACGUUACAGGGAGUUGACCUCACCUGUUCAUUCUGUUCCUGCAACAGCAUUCAUGAGACGUGCGUACAGCGCCCCCCUGUGGCGGAGUGAGGUACUGCCAGUGUGACGGACCCCCCAGUGAUGAGGCUCCACUCUGAUCGGUGGAGUCAUGUUGGAUGCUUUGAAUCUGGAUGGUGCUGCCCCCCCCCCCCCCCCCCCCUCCUCCAUGAUCGGCCGUCCCUGUCGGCUAAUGGGGGGAGACUUCAUCAGGCUGCCUGGAAGGUCCUCAAUCUCAGAUGGUGUUCAGGAGAAGGCUGUGGGCUUGAGACCCGUGCGGGACUCGAAGAUCAGACUGACGAGGAGAAGAGGAGAAAGACGGGACGUGUUUGUAUUUAAAUUAUUUCUUACUGUUACGUAGGCUUUUAUGAUGACGAUGGAGCGUUUCUUUGGGGACACGUGGAGGUUAAGUGGAGACUAAACGUUUUUGGUCAUGCGGUUUUUUGUGGCCUCGAAAGAAGACGAUUCAGUCUCAAGUCUCAGCCUGUUCGGUCCUGGGAGGAGAUGUGUUUAAACAAACACGGAAACACUUUUACCGUGGUGUGUACUAGAAACAAAGUGUCAUGUGAACUUGUGGAUUUCUCAGCUGUGGGCUGAAGUAUUUUUAUACUGUGAAGAUUUUUAAUUGGUGUGUGUGUGUGUGUGUGUGUGUGUGUGUGUGUGUGUGUGUGUGUGUGUGUGUGUGUGUGUGUGUGUGUGUGUGUGUGUGUGUGUGUGUGUGUGUGUGUGUGUGUGUGUGUG